GCGUUUCCUGCAGCGUUUCCUGCAGGGGGCGGGGCCGCUCGCCCUGGUUCGGCUGCCGGUGGCGGUUCUGCUCCGGUUCCUGCCCCGUCCCCCCCGGCCGCCGGGAUGAUUAACGCCAUCCUGGUGUUCAACAACCACGGGAAACCGCGGCUCGUCCGCUUCUACCAGCGCCUGGCGGAGGAGGUCCAGCAGCAGAUAAUCCGGGAGACUUUCCACCUGGUGCUGAAGCGGGAUGAGCACAUCUGCAACUUCCUCGAGUGCGGCAGCCUCUUUGGUGGCUCAGACUACAAGCUGAUCUACCGCCACUACGCCACACUCUACUUCGUCUUCUGCGUGGACUCCUCAGAGAGCGAACUGGGCAUCCUGGACCUCAUCCAGGUGUUUGUGGAGACGCUGGAUAAGUGCUUUGAGAAUGUCUGUGAGCUGGACCUUAUCUUCCACAUGGACAAGGUCCACCACAUCUUGCAGGAGAUGGUGAUAGGUGGCAUGGUGCUGGAGACCAACAUGAACGAGAUCGUGGCGCAGGUGGAAGCCCAGAGCAAGCUGGAGAAGGCGGAGGGAGGCCUCUCGGCCGCUCCUUCCCGUGCUGUCUCGGCUGUGAAGAACAUCAACCUGCCAGAGAUCCCUCGCAACAUCAACAUCGGAGACAUCAACAUCAAAGUGCCCAACCUCUCACAGUUCAUGUGAGCGUGCCGUGGCGGGGAGCGCUGCCCAUGCAGUGCCGUGGCUCUGCAGGGCUGUUCCUGCCCCUGCUGGGUCUCAUGAUGGGAUUCACUGCAGCCUGGGCUGGCUGGCAGAGUGUAGGGAGCCGUGGUGGGGCUGUCUGCCUCUCCAUCACCUUGGAUCUGGGCUCCAUUUGGCUCUCUGGUCUCCCAACAAGGGUGGCCUUUCUUCCUCUCCCUGUGGGUGUGCAGCCUCUGUCCUCACUUGCGGGGAAAAGCCAGAUCCUGCCUCUCCUGGGAUUUUGGGUUGUAAAAAUGCACCUGUAGCAGAUGGCUCCUGGAGGGGGCAUAGGUUGUCAUCUCCUCCACUCUCCCCAGGCUGGGCUGUCCUGUGCUCUGCCCAGCGUCCUUCUGCCUGCCCUGGUCCUGCUCGCUGUGCCUGCACCCCAGGCUGGAGUUGGUGCAGGGGUUGCUCGUCUGAGGUCUGGAGACAGGGCCAGCAGGGUGGUUCCUGCCGGGGCAGGAGACACCAGCAGCACCCACUGCCUGGGCUGGCGGCUGGGUCGGGGCCAGGCUGGGGCCUCCUGGUGCGUGUCCCUGUGUCCCAAUAAACCAGCGUGUCACCCUGUGUCUGUCUGUG